AUGAAAAAAUCAAAUUUGGAUUGUGUAAAUUAAGCAAUUCAUAAUUAAAUAGUUGAUGCUUCUAUUAAUCUAAGCUAAGACAAAGAGGAAAUGAUCAUAAAAAGGAAUAAGCUAUAAAAAAUUAUCAAACAUUCAGGUGGAUAAACUUUAAUUUCUUACAAUAUUGUCUUAGAUUCCUAAACAAAAACAAUGAAUGCAACAGUUUAUGAAGAUUUAAUGAGCUUCAUAGCCAAUUAUGUGAAUUAAUAAGAUAUGAAUUUACUAAUUUGUUUGUCUGAUGCUUUAAGCUAAAAUAAAAAUAGAUUACCAAAAUAUAUAUUGAAAUAUUCAAUAAUAGCUGAUUUAGGUUAAUAUAAAUAGAUGUUUUAAUAAAUAGAAUAAAUAUUGCUCAUUAUACAUGAAAACAUUGAAAAGAUUUGUAUUAAUGCAUAUAUCAAUGGGGAUAAUAACUUAGAAAACGACCUUAGAGAUUUACUUAUACAAUAUAAAGAGAUAUUAUGA